UUCUGUAUUUGUUGAUUUCACUUUGGUAGAGUUUUAUUUUCUGAGAGUUGCACACGGCUUUGUUGGAAAACCUAGGCUACAUUUUAUCCUGGUUAAUCUGACACUGCUCAAACUCAUUGUGUUUACAGUCCCGAGCAGAGCCGCAGGUGUUUCCUAUUUGACUGAUUAGCGGAGAUGUUUCAGCUUUUGUGAGUCGGGCGUCUUGUGGACCUGAGAGAGACGCCGUUCUGCUUAUAUUUGUUUAAAGAAAAAUUGACUGUAAAAAAACAAACUUGCCUUUAAUUUUCAGGAGCUGGGGGAUGUUUAUUAUUGUUGUUUUUGUCAUCCCCUUGAAGUGUUUUAUUCUGACAGGUUGAGCAAGAACGCGAAUGUGAAAAUGGACGAUGGAGGCAAACAGCCACAUACAUUUGGGGGUGGACAACAGAGACCUCACCAUCCCAGACCUUUUUUCUAUGUCCAGCCACCAUCUCAACCUUAUUACCUCUACCAGCACUGGCAGAUGAACAACCCAUACAGUCACUAUGGUUUGCCUGGAGGUUUUAACUUUAGCCGUCCCUGCAUGCACCCUUACCAGUACAUGCAGUAUCCUGGCUUUGUUUUCCCACAUGCUCCAAUAUAUCCAGUGGAUUACAGGCGAAUGUUUGAACCUCGGUUCCAUGCUCCUACCUGGGGUGACAUGCCUCGCCAGCAACAUCACCCGCAGCCUCAUCGGUCUCGAGAAAUGGCCUGCUCAGAGGCUCAAACAGAUCCCAGCGAUGCCAUAACCAAGCUCAUCGAAUGCCUGGAUAAAAUUCGUGCCAACGAGCUGCAGGGUGCUGAGAGAGAGCUCGACUCUGGUGUCGCCUCCCAGUCCUCAGGGAUGUUUUCUCCUGGAGAAGAGAAGAAAAGUGAAGAGCAGGGUCACAUCCUACCCUCAGUGCCUGACGACAGUCCUGCUGUGACCUUCAGUGACUCCACAACAGCGGUGUAUGACGGUGAGUCCAGCCAAAGAAGCUUAGACGCACUGAGCCCUCAGGGAUGCUGGUCAGCGGGCUUGGAAGAGGAGUUGCCCCUCGAUAGCUCCUCUGUUCAUGAAGAGUGUCCUGAGCUUGAGCAGCCAACAGGAGAACACUCUCUUCCUCUUAAGAAAGAAGAGGUCACAGAUAUCCAGUCAGAUAUCUUAGUGACCAAUCCAAGUGUUCCCAAAUACGAUGCUGUAGAGCUCCUGAAGUCACCGACACCGUCCUUUUCCUCCGCUCAGCCUGUGCUUAAGGAAGCUAAGAGCAGAGACAAAGACUCAAAGACAGAUCACCAGACAGGAUCCUUUGAUGAAGCCAAAUCCAAUCCAAGCUACCAGAUCCUCAAGCUGCCUUUUGAGAAUGUUUUGACCCCUGGAGCUGCAGGAGCUGGUCGUCUCUCAUCCCCCACAACCUCCUACUACUACAACUACCUCCCCAUGCAGUCCACCCAUGAGCGGAUGAGUGUUCUCAGUCCAUCUCUUGAUGAGCUUUCCUCCAGAGAUGAGAUGUUCUCCACAGACCUGGAAGAUGCGGACCUUUUUCCCAACAAACAUGUGUAUACCGGCAGGAGGCUGCCAGAGGUCGUUGGUGCUUCUCCUCAAGCCGCUGAAGAAAUAGAGGAAGUGUGGCUGCCAGGUUCAAAGAGGUUUGUGUGCGCUUGCUGUGGGAAAAGCUUGGCAAAAGGUGCAGGUAGGAGCAAAGUCCACAGCUCCAAGAUGUACCGAGAUGAAGCCGGAGACUCUGAGGAGGAAAGCAGGUAUGGAAGAGGGUGUGAGCAGCCGGUCAGAGUGGUUGUGAAGAAGCAUUCUGCACCCAGGAAGCUGCAUUCUCUCCCAUCGAGACAUUCAGCAAAAUUCAGGUAUAAAAGAGGCCAAUACAAGGAUCCCUCGGAUCCAUUCGACCAGGAGGAGGGUCGUGAUCUUUGUAAGCAGGAUCCAGCUGAUGGUGAGAUGGAAGAGAUGACUAGCAGCGAGCUGCAGUGCGGAACAUGCCAGGACAGACUCUGCAGAGAUGAUCUGACCACCACAGACCAAGGCAGGUGGGGAGACGGUGACGUGAUUCCCAGGAGGAGACAAGCAACCCCUCUGCAACGACAUGAGAUGAGUACUCAAAGGAAGGUGAUGUACCACAGGCCGAGAGAUGAGGACAAUGAUGACGAUGAGCCACCACCAUUACACUGGGAGAGAGACUCUACCAUGAGAGGAGACCCAAGAUGUUAAUGUCCCUUGACUGACUUUUGAACAAAGUGUGUUGAACUGUCCCCCCUAAAAGGUGUAAAAUGUUUCAGGAUAAUGUGUUUGAAAAUACUUAGAGCACCAGGUGAAAUGCACUGCACAGGACGCCUCUUUUUGUUUGAUAAAAGUAAGGAAAAAAAAAAGAAAAUGUAUAAAGUUUCUGCAGUGACACUGCCUUGCACUAUUCAUGAUUGGUGGAUUUCACAAACAGGUAAAUGGGCUGCAAGGUUGUGUUGCAGAUGAUGGUGUGCCACUGUUUGGGGCCAGUCCAAUAAAAUAAU